GCCCCCUCCAUGUGCUUUCUCUUCUCCACCUUCCGUCGGACCGGCAAGUGUCACGUGCAGACCAUUCAGCUGUGCCGCCGGCUCACUGUGGAGUUCCUGUACUACAUCAUUGCUGCCCGUGCCCUGCACAAGGUCUUUCUGUCCAUCAAAGGCAUUUACUACCAGGCCGAGGUGCUGGGCCAGCCCAUCGUGUGGAUCACGCCCUGCUCCUUCUCCCAUGACCACCCGACAGACGUAGACUACUGCGUCAUGGCCACCUUCACCGAGUUCUACACCACCCUGUUGGGCUUUGUCAACUUCCGCCUUUACCAGUCGCUCAACCUGCACUACUCCCCCAAGCUGGAGAGUCAGUCCCCUGCAGAAGUGAAGGCCAGUGAGGACACCUACGCAUUGGACUCUGAGAGUUCUAUGGAGAAGCUGGCGGCCCUCGGUGCCAGUCUAGCCCGCGUGGUGGUGCCUGCAGAGGAGGAGGCCAAGGUGGAUGAGUUCCCUGCCAAUGAGGAGAUGACAGCACAGGAGGAGGACCGCAGGAAGGAACUGGAGGCACAGGAAAAGCACAAGAAGCUCUUUGAGGGCCUGAAGUUCUUCCUGAACUGGGAGGUGCCCUGUGAGGCCCUGGCUUUUGUUAUCAGGAGUUUGGGGGAAGAUGUGUUCUGGUACAAAUCUCUGUGCAUUGGGGCUACUUAUGGCAUCACCAAUUCCUGCAUCACCCACCAAAUUGUCGACCGGCCUGGGCAGCAGACCCCCGUCAUUGGCAGGUACUACAUGCAGCCGCAGUGGCUGUUUGACUCUGUGAACGCCCAGCUCCUCCUCCCCGUGGCAGACUACUUCCCUGGGGUGCAGCUGCCCCCACAUCUCUCCCACUUCGUGUCAGAGAAGGAAAGCGAUUGCAUCCCCCCUGAGAAGCUGAAGCUGCUAGCCCUGCGGCGGGGUGAGCACCCAGGCAGUUCGAAUGAAUCCGAAGAGGAGGUUGAGGAUGACAGUGAAGGUGAUGGUGAUGGUGAUGAAGGGGAAGAAAACUAGGAGGAGAAGGAAGAUGGAGAAGCUGGUUCAGAAAAGGAGGAAGAGGCCUGACUGACAACCCUGGAGGAGCAGAGGAUGGAGGGGAAACAGCCCAUGAUGGCAGGCACCAUGAAGGUGGAGGACAAGCAGCGGCUGGCCCAGGAGGAGCCGAGCGAGGCCAAGCACCUGGCCAUCAUGAUGAUGAAGAAGCGGGAGAGGUACCUGUACAACAAGAUCAUGUUUGACAAGAGGCACAAAAUCCACAAGGCCAGCAAACUGGCAGAUGAAACCGUGAAGUCUGAGAAGAAGGCCAGGAACGGACGGCCAGUGUGA